AUUAGGUAGUAGUUUUUGUCAGGGGCCACAGUCCAAAAUAGGUGCGCGUAGCUGUGAUGUCACAGUCUUUAUCGCGGUUGAGUGGUGCGCGUGCCAACUGCGACGCGCGCGUCCCCGAGUGGGACAUGACGAUGGCAAGUAGCUUCUUUCUGACGACAUAACGCCUACGUCAGCAAUUCGUGUCUGUUGACGUCGGUAAAUUCACCGAGGCUCGCGUUGCACACGAGGCUUCUCGUCCGUGGCGUCUUUAUCCCACCGACAUCGACCGUACCCGGCGGGAGUACCAUGACCGCGACCGCCAGGCGCCAGUCGUGCUUUCUAUGUGACCUGCCCCGCAUGCCGUGGGCCAUCAUUUGGGACUUCAGCGAGGCGGUGUGCCGGGGAUGCGUUAACUACGAGGGAGCCGACCGGGUCGAGUUUGUCAUCGACACCGCCCGCCAGCUUAAGCGUGCCCACGGCCUCCACGAGGGCCGAGCGGGGAAGACGCCUACAGCCAAGGAGCACCACCACCCGGCCGGCGGGGAGCUCGCCUCUUCCCGCUACGCGCUAGCCGAAAGGCCGCUGCCUCGCCUGGGCCCGGAGUACCAGACGACGGCAGCGAGACAUGUCAACGGCUUCCCCAAGCCCGACGAGCCCCCGGAGCUAAACCGCCAGAGCCCCACCAACCCGCGACGGGGCGGAACGAUGCCGCCCGGCCUGGUGCCGCUACUCAACGUCGGCGUCCCGCACCACGCCGCGGUCCUGGUGUCCUCCGAGGCGUACCGGGAUAAACACAUGGGUGAUAACAUGGCGGACAAAGGUAGAAGCGCGCGCGAGGUGAUGGGCGUGCAAGUCCUCGACGCCAGGUUCAAGAAUGAGCACAGGGCGAUGUCGUACGAAGGCCCCGCCUCUUACAAGACAGAGCGGGGGAAGAACCCCCGCAGCCUGAAGAGGAAGGCGUCCCCUGAGCCCGAAGGUGAAGGCACGGCCAACAAACUGAACAGCGCUGAGGCUCCACCGUGGUUGCAGCAGCCCAGUGAGGCGGUUGGAUCGGUUUCAGGGCCGCUACCCCUCCCUGAGGCCGUCACGCCACCUCAGAAUCCUCAGUCGCCCAUUACCGCACUCAUCCUGGCCACAGACAACGCGGGCGCGCCCAAAGACGGAGCACGGGCACAGCGGAACAGUGGCACCCCGCCUGGGACAGGGGGAGACACAGGGGCGCCAGGUGGCGCUCCGCUUUGCUGCACGCUGUGCCACGAGCGCCUCGAGGACACUCACUUCGUCCAAUGCCCGUCGGUGGCGUCACACAAGUUUUGCUUCCCGUGCUCCCGCGCCAGCAUCAAGACCCAGGGCGCCGGCGGGGAGGUGUAUUGCCCCAGCGGCGGCCGCUGUCCCCUGGCUGGAUCAGACCUGCCCUGGGCGUUCAUGCAAGGGGAGAUCGCCACCAUCUUGGCCGGAGAGGUCAGCGUAAAAAAGGAGCGGGACUCUUAAGAACGUUACUCUGGCCAUAGUGGAACCAGGUGGAAUUAUUGUUUUAUUCUAUUUUUAAAUUGCUUUUUCACGUUUUGUGUAUGUGCAUUUUUCAACAUGACCAAUGGCAGUGAGCACUUGGCAAUUAAAAAUAAACCCCUCACAUCAUAUGUGUGAUGUAUUUGUGUACACUAGUGUGUAUCUUUUUGACUUAUUACUGCAAUAACUAAUAAAAUAUUAAGAACAUUUUGGUAAUUAAAAUGUAAUUCUUACGCUGGUAACUGAAACAUGGGUAUGUUGGUAUAUUGGUGUAUGACUAUGCAUGUGUGCCUUUGAUGCAAUCCCCACUCCAAUUUGGGUAACAUCUUGCGUAAACAUGUCUCUUAUCUCACUUGGUAGGCUGAGGCAGUGUGAGAUAAGGGUGACUAAAAAUAGAACAGGUUUUGGUCACGUCGACAUCUCUGAUCCCAUUUUGAAAGCUUAAACAAGUUGGUUGUUUUCUGAAUUGCUUACUCGUGGGAGCAUUAAUGUUCAAAGUACAAAGGGGAUGUGGAUAAUUCACUAAUAAGUCUCCACUGAAAAUCCCUUGUGUGUUUUGAAACAGUCCAUUACAUUUGGUUGCUCCUCCACAAAGCUUUAAACACAUUAACUUUUUAAGAUUUAACAUAACCCUUAUUGUCCUAUUACUUGGUUCCCUACUUCACAUUACAGUACUGGCAUUACUUACGCAUUUACCUUGCCCUAUCAGACCUAUCUUCCCUCAUCUUUUGGUUGCUAUGUGCCCCCCACAUACACGAAGUGUUUUCUGCGAGGGUGAAAGUGGCUAGGAUUUAUUUCCAGAACUCCCUGACAUAAAGGUCUGCACGGAGCCUAAUUUUUUUUUUUCUUUCUUGGGGUUCCAAACCAACUUGGCUCCUAAAACCGCCAAAA